CAUUGUAUAAUUUUAAUUAAUUCCACCCUUGGCUGUCAUAGCGAAUGGCAAUUAAACAAUGCCUCGGAUGUUCAUGUAUAAAAGGAGCAGUCGAAACAUCACAAAAUUCAAAAGUCGAAAGUCCUUUUCAUCGAAUUUCCUUUUAUUAGUAUAACCAUUAUAAUGGAAAUCAAGAUUGGAACACAAAUAUUUUAUAGACAAACUAAAUGUCUUAACAGAAUGGGACAUUCAUUAGAUCAACAAAUUAAAGAAUCAAAAUUGAAACAAAUUUCGCAAAUAUUCUUAUUGUUUGUAGUGGCGUCAGCGCAAUAUCCAUUGAUAAAUUACUUAAUUUAUCACCGAAAUAAUAUGGAAUUAGUUACAGCUUGUAUGAGUGUUGCCUGUACCAACAUAUUAUCAUUUGUCAAAUUUAUAACUUAUUUUAUUAAUAAAGAGAUGUUUUUGGAAAUUACAAAUGAAUUUAAAACAAUGUGGGAAAAUAGUGACGAAUUUGCUUCAAACUUUAUAAAAGUUCAAAAUAAAAUGGCGGAUCGUGCUGUUAAUUUGUAUUUUUAUUCGAUUAUUUCUACUGCAUCUUACUUUAUGGUAACUCCUGUGGCAAAGGUAGCAUAUGGUAAAAUGUUUAACGUGCCAAUAGUCAGAGAACUACCUAUGGCAAUGAGAUUUUUCUUCGAUGCAGAGCAGUCACCCGGCUAUGAGUGUGCAUUUAUUUAUACGGGCUUAGUAACUUUCAUAGUUGUUCAAUAUGUUGUUGCUACCGAUGGCUUUUUCAUAGCAUUUACCAUUCAUUUGCGUUCACAUUUCAAACUAUUGCAGCAAAAUAUUGAAAAUAAUACAUUUCUAAAAAAUGACGCUACAAUUAAUUACGAAAUUUGUUCAUACGUCAAAUAUCAUAUAAAACUUCUUGAUCUUGCUAACAAAAUUUGUGAAACUUUCAAACCUAUAAUUUUUAUACACUUUUUGAUAACAUCCCUGCAAGUUUGUGUUAUAAUUUAUCAACUUGUAACGAAUUUGGACAACGCAGUAAUAUUAGCAAUCUAUAUUACUUUUUUGACAUCCAUUUUGUUACAAUUGCUGAUAUAUUGCUUUGGAGGUGAAAUGUUAAAAACGGAAAGUUUAAUGGUGGGAACUUCUAUACAAAUAUCUAGAUAUUAUAAUCUCUCACCAAAGUAUCGUAAAAUGCUUUGCUUGAUUCUGAUGCGGUCUCAAAAAGAAGUCAUAGUCAAAGCUGGAUUUUAUGUAGCAUCGUUAGAGAAUUUUAUGACGAUACUUAAAGCAGCGAUGUCCUAUAUAACACUGAUUCAAUCAAUUGAGCAGGUGUAGGUUUUACGACUAUUAUACACAAUAUUUCUACGGAAAUUCAUUUUUCACAUGACUAGAAGCAAUAUACAAGGUUGAGAAAUAUGAAACUGACCAACAA